GAAAUCAUCGCAACACCUAUGGCGACGUUAUCGAACGAAAAUCCUAUCAAUGGCUCGGCGCUACAGUGUCCACCAGUCGUGACAACGAUUUGAUUGUGGCUUGCGCUCCACGUUAUGUCUUCCAUACAAUGACACCAAAUAAAUCAUUGCGUUAUGAUCCAGUCGGUACGUGCUUCACAUCCAGGAAUUUUACGCAUUUCAAUGAAGUCUCGCCAUGUCGCACAA